AUACACAUGUGAGAAUGUGCGUGUAGGGAUGUGGCCGACCGUGUGUGUGUGUGUGUCUAAGCCUAAGUCUGUCUUUUCUAUAUUUGUCUAGAGAUAUCUAUAUUUAUAUUUUUCACUUUAUCUGUAAUCGCCGUCCCCGGAUUAUUCUGCGUGAAAGUUUAAGCAGCCCUUUCCCCAGUUAGCGACCAGUUCCAGGAGAAGCCAUAAAGGGAAAACUUUUUGUGCCAAUCAGCGGCUGUUUCGCGGCGCCCGUAACCAAUGCGCACACACGGCGACGGGGCAUCAGUCUGAGCAUCAACGUUUCGGUUACAGGUGGCGAAUAACUGGAAAUUGAAAUCUCAUCCGAAAAUUCUUCGACAAGAAAAAUAUUUUUUCUCCUAAGCUCUUAAGACAUUCAUGAAGACUGUUGCCUUGAAACUAUCUCAACACUGGUUUUGAUGACUAAAGGACAACCGAUUUGUAAGCACUUUAUUGACUGACCUAGAACCUUUGAAUUAGCUAGAACGAAAUCCUGAAAAGUGACGACAGCACUGGAACGAUGUUAAACUCGGAACAGACAGAGAUCCCUGCCCACUCAGAGACUGAAUCGGUGUUCAGCGAUUGCGGUGGAGGAGGCGGCCUAACUGAUGCCAGUGGGAUCAGCUUCUGUGGAGAAACACGGAUUUGUGAAGCUAGCGACACAGUAAAAAGGGAGCUUCAGCACUUAAGCCGAGAAGAGCGGCGUCGGCGGAGGAGGGCGACGGCUAAAUACCGAACGGCCCACGCCACAAGGGAACGUAUCAGAGUGGAAGCCUUCAACUUGGCUUUUGCAGAACUGCGCAAGCUUCUCCCAACUCUACCCCCAGACAAGAAGCUCUCCAAGAUUGAGAUCCUUAGACUGGCCAUCUGCUACAUCUCCUAUCUCAACCACGUUUUGGAUGUGUAAACUCUGACAGAAGCUCCUCUAAGGAGUGAAUGUUUCUUGGACUUUAUGUAUGUGCUGCUUCAUUCAGCUAUGAACUAGGGUCUUAUGACAGAGAAGUAUCUAUGGGACCAUGUCGUUAUCUCUGUCGAAAAUUUUUUAGUCCCCUGUCUAGAAUGUAAAACAGCUUCUCCAUCAACACAUUACCUGAUUUCCCUACGCCUUCUCCAUCAUUACAGCAACAAUAGGUUUAUUUGGUAAUCUGUCCCUUUAGUUUGACCAUGCAUAUCUUCAUUAAGAACUACAAUGGAACAUGUCAAAAAAUCGUGCUUUUUGGAUUUAGUGGCGUCAAGAGUCAAAUAGCUCUUUCGUGGGACCUUAAGGUCUAUUUCAUUAACACUCCAUUGCUCAGUCGAGUUUCAUUAUGAUUACAAACCAUGACUCUUGCACAGUAGGCGUUGAGUUUUUGAGACUAUUACUAACUGGUAACAUGUUUAAAGUUGCACUUCUAUAUGACAACGAAUCAAGCGACUGCUGUGGUCAACAAGUUCAAAAAUGUUUUGGCCUUUUUAUCACGAUUGGAAGCCGCACUGGCAUGUCUUUGUUCUAAUGGAAGCAAUGCUGGUCAAUAGACUGAGGUCAUGGAGACAAUGUCAUAGACAUCAACUGCCAUGGAGACGUCAGACUAGAUCCACUUGAUGCUUUAUAGGGCAGUUUUUUUGUCAUCUAACGUUUUCUCCAGCCUGCAUUCUACUCUAAUCAUGGUGGGUGUUGUAACCUGAGUUAGGCUCUUUUUACAUCAUAAUAUCAAAACAAUUCAUAGGCCUUAUGAUUUAUUCCAAGAUACCGUUAACAGAUAGACAAUUAUUGUUCUAUAAAUUGUACCGUCUGCCAUAAGGCAUGGCAGUUUAUGAGCAUUAAAUGACCCCCCAAGCCAAAUGCAGUGUAGACCAGACUAAACGUUCCAUAAAACCAGAGCUAGAUGUGGUGAUCGGUCGUAGAUGACAGAGAAUAGACGUUCCCUAGGAACAAAUACCAUUUUAGAACUGAUUAACGUUCAGUGUGUGCACUUUUAUUUUCAGGGAUCAAAGAUAACGACAAUAUAUUUUAUGGGGAUAUUCUCAUUAUAUCCUCUCUAUAGUUCUUUGACGGUUGACUUAUGUCUUUGUAGAUGACCUAGAAGUCCGACACGAUGGCAGCAGCUUGGCUAAUGAACUCCAGUAGCAUUUAAUAAUAAGUUGCUAGAAUUCUAAAUAAACCACGUCGCCCAUGGAGUUAAUCGAGAAAAGUAGCUGUGUGUUUUACCUGAUUAGAAAAAUGAUACACUGCCUUAACUAAAGGUUGUGUUGAUAUCUCAAAUCCUUUAUAUACAUAUCCGGGGGUGAUACAAUGUCAUUUCUUUCUAAAAUUUGCUGCUCUUUUUUUUUCUUUUUUUUACAUUUUUAGUCAGUUGCCAAAAAAGAUUUUAUCAGAAAUAUAUUAAAGAUCCAGAAACAUCGUGGGGCUGAUUCUAUAAUAUAGGUACCGAAUGGCUCCAGCAACCAAUCAGAUCAAGUGAUUAAAACUAACUGCCAACUGGUUGCUUCUCGGUAACGGUGCCGGGGAGCUUUUGCCUAUUGUACUAGAUCAGUCCAUUCACGUUAAUAUUCUUUUUGUACGCUGAUGUUGCCACCAACCAGCCUCUCCUUUAUACACUUUUCCAUAUGUUUGUCCAUUAUAUUUGCCGCUUUAGCCGCUACAUCUUUUUAGGGUUAUGAAGUCAGCGUGCCAGGGAUGUAUUUAUUUAUUUAUAUAUUUAUUUAUUUACUGUGACGUGCACUUUUUACAGGAUAAAAAAAAAAAGAGACUCUGUGAUGUAAUUGGUUUACCGGCCUUGGAGCAAAGAGAGAACAGGGUUGCGCUCAAAACUUACCUCCGUUCUACGGCCUAAAAACGUUCCUUUCGCUCUGUACGUGUGUUUCCGACAAGUCUAAAUAAGCCCUUAAAAGUUGAAAUCUGUACAUAUUUUGACAAUGUUUUUUCUGUGUUUAGAGCGGAUACGAAUUAUUUAUGAUUUGGUAAGAAAGAAUUCAGAAGUAUCCAAUUAAAAAAAAAAAUAUUAUUUCAAAUAG